AUGCAGCCGGCGGAGAAAGCCUCCUACAUGGUCACCUGGGGUGAAGCGGCGUCCCAGCAGCCCAGGGCCAAAGGCCCAGACCCAGACUCCGCUUUCUUGCUCACCUGCCCACUCCCGACCCACGCUAACCCCGACGAUGAGUGGGACCAGAGUGCCAUUGGGAGCUACUACGAGCUGUUCGCGGCUGCACUGGGCAACCUGGAAUGGCUGCGUUUCUGUCUGAGUCGGGACCGUGACAAAAUUCCGGCAGAUGACAAGGGCUUCACUGCCAUCCACUUUGCAGCCCAGAGUGGCAAGCUUACGUGCCUGCAGGUCUUGGUAGAAGAGUACAAGUUUCCCGUGGACCUGCCCACCAACAAUGGCCAGACACCCCUGCACCUGGUCAUCCACGGGGACAACAAGACCAUGACCCUCCCCUGCAUUCACUAUCUACUUAAGCAAGGGGCGGCCCUCAACACUCAGACAUGCAAUGGCUCCACACCCCUCCACCUGGCAGCUUGCAAGGGCCUGCUGAGCUGCGUGAAGGUGCUGGUGCAAAAUGGCGCCAAUGUCCACGCCCGAGAUGCCAUGGGCUGCAAGCCCAUCGACUACUGCAAAAUAUGGAACCACCGCGACUGUGCCCGGUUCUUGAAGGAUGCCAUGUGGAAACGGGACAAGAAGGACUUUGCUUGUGAGAUGGGGAAACUGAAGAGGCUCAAGGACCAGCUGGCCUUCAUGGAACAAGACUACCUGACCGAGUAUCAAAAAGAGCACCAAAUUCUGAGAGAAGCGGAUUUCAAGAAGUGGCUCCAUCGCAAGCAGCUGCUCCAAGGCCAAUCCCUGAUCCGCAAUGCCAAGCAAGCGCCUUGUGCCCCACCCCAGGCGAUCGCCAUCCCCAAGACCCUCAAGCACCAGGGGCCUCGAAAGAGCUUCUACCCCUCCCCAGAGGCACGCCUGCGGCAGACAUCAGCGCCCAAGCUGCAGUCCUUGGGGACACCCACAUCCAUCUACAUGCAGCCCAUGGUCAGGCGGCCCAAGUCGUGGAAUGUUAGCAACAAUCCUGCCAGAUCACCCACCACCCAGAUCGGCUACCCACAGGGCAUCCGCCUAGGUGUGCAUCCAGACCCCAGUCCAGAGCACGACUUCCACAGCUUCCUUAAGGUGAGGUCUGACCGGCACGGCGGUGCACAGCUGUGCACGGUGGCCGGCAACCGGGUGGCACCUGCGCCCCAGCUGCCUUUCAAGGUGGUAGUCCAAGAGCUGUACCCUUCAGUGCGGCCACACAGGAUGAAAGUGCCCCAGGGCUUUUGCCCUGUCAGCAUGAGGCACGUGCCCCGGAAGUGGCUCUUGGGUGACAACUUCUGGACUGACACUCUGGCCAUGAACCUGCGUGAGACAUUUGAUGAAGCCUUCCUGGCAGCUGUGCAAGCCCAUCAAGGGCUCCCCACUCUGCCCUCCCCCAAAAGCCCCCCAUAAACUUAUUUUGGUAGGCUGUCAACCUGAGGCAGCCCAGUGAAGGCUGA